CAGUGGUGUGACCGCAUUGACGGUACUCGAGACUCAGGUACAUUCCCUAGGCUUUAGCUCACUCCACAAUGUUAAUAGUGGUGGAAUCUACGUAAAAGAAAAUCCGAAUCUUUGCUAUGUGUCCAAGAAACUAUUGUCCUCCCUGGUACUCGACGAAAAUACACAGACUAUUUAUCUCGGUAACAACAAAGCACGUGGAGAUUGCCGUGACGAAAAUAAAAUGUGUGACAUGGAAUGCACCGAUGUUGGUUGCUGGGGGCGUGGUCCAGAAAAUUGCUUUAGUUGCAAAAAAUACAACAUGGGAGGAGUCUGUGUAGAGUCGUGUGACAAUGAUGAUGGGUUUUUCAAAGUUUCCAAGACAGAGUGCGUUAUGUGUGAUAAUGAAUGUAUUGAUGGAUGUACUGGACCGGGUGCUGAUGAGUGCAAUGAUUGUAAAAACAUGAAGGAUGGUGAAUAUUGUCUUGAAAAGUGUCCAUCGAUGAAAUAUGCCAAUUCAAGAAAAUUGUGUCGUCCGUGUCACGAAUUUUGUUCUAUAGG